GCUGCUAAUAAUUACUUCCGGUUGGGGCGGAGUUCUCUUCCGGGUCAAUAUUUGCGCGGGAUUUUCGCUGACAGUGGGUUAUGGUUUAAUUUGGUUAGCUGUGCGUGAGAAAUCCCAUGACAGAUCAGUUAUAGAUGACAGCCCCAUACAGAUGAAUGGGGAGAAAAUGGAGGUGGGUUGGGUUCACCAUCAGCAGCCCUGCGAGAACGGCGUUGCUGACCGAGUCGAAGUACACAUCGAGGUUCAUGUCAAAUCUCAGAGCACGGCGAGACGAACUGAAGUAAGGACACACGUUUUGGCUCUGCUCGACCGACACAGCCUCGUAAUCGGCUCCUUCAAGUGGACGGAGUUUGAUGAUGACUUCCUGACGAAAAACGUCGAGUCUGUCUCCGUGGUGGACGUCGAUGCACAGCCUCUUGAUUUGAAGACGAGCAAUCUGUGUGUUCACAUCUUCUCUCUCAACGACGAUGGACCGAGCACUCUCACCCUGGAAGAGGAGGAGGAGCUAUCUGCAGCCAAUCACUGGCUCCUGCCAGCAGCUGAGUUUCAUGGGAUCUGGGAGAGCCUGGUUUAUGAGGAAGGAAUCAAAACGCAACUCUUGGAUUAUGUUUCGACAGCAAUCUUCUUCUCUGACAAAAACGUUGACAGCAAUCUGGUUGCUUGGAAUCGUGUUGUGUUGCUUCACGGACCUCCGGGCACAGGAAAGACUUCACUGUGUAAAGCACUUGCACAGAAACUCUCCAUCAGACUCUCUGGAAGAUAUUCCUAUGGACAAUUUGUAGAAAUCAACAGCCACAGUUUGUUCUCGAAAUGGUUUUCAGAGAGCGGGAAACUCGUUACGAAGAUGUUUCAGAAGAUUCAAGAGCUGAUAGAUGAGAAAGAAGCCCUUGUUUUUGUGCUUAUUGAUGAGGUGGAGAGUCUAACGGCAGCGAGAAACGCCUCUCAGGCUGGAACCGAACCUUCUGAUGCCAUCCGAGUGGUCAACUCUGUCCUUACACAGCUGGACCAGAUCAAACGACAUUCGAACGUGGUGAUCCUCACUACUUCAAACGUAACGGAGAAGAUCGACCUGGCCUUCGUGGACAGAGCGGAUAUAAAGCAGUAUAUCGGCCUGCCGAGCGCCCGAGCCAUCUUCAACAUCUACCUGUCCUGUCUGGAGGAGCUCAUGAAGCGGCAAAUCAUUUACCCACGGCAGCAGCUGCUGAACCUCGAGGAGCUCGAUACGUUGGACUAUAUCAAGAGCGAAGUGACCGGGCUCAGUCUGCAUCUGCAGAAAAUCGCAGAGAGGAGCGUAGGUCUUAGUGGACGCACCUUGAGGAAAAUUCCCUUUUUGGCUCAUGCACUUUACGCGAAGAAGUCUGUGUUGACGGUCGAGAGCUUUCUGAACGCCAUGGACAAUGCUGUGGCUCAUCAGAUAAAGGAACGGGAGAAGCUGGUUAACUGUAUAUGAGUGUAAGCUGAUCGCUAAAGGAUUCUAGCUGUUGUUAUUUACUGAACGUUGAUGAUGCCACUAGUUUCAGCUUUCUAGUGUUCACUUUUCUGAAGAGCUUUUUACAAGUGCUUUUUUCUUUUCUUUUUUUUUUUUCUUUUUUUUAUAAAUAAAAGACAAUGUGACAAGU